AUGGCGACUCUGGCGGAGAAGCUUGAGAAGAUCAAGUCUCCCAAGCUGCAGAACCAGCACCAUACUGCUGUGGUGCUCUCUGCAGUUGAGGAUACUCUCCGUGACCAAAAGGCAGACUUCUCGCCUACCGCUUACUUUGCAGCUCUCCUUGCACUGCUCUCCCAAUCUUUGUCGGCAUCCCAGGGCAUUGUCAACAAAGACCUAGCCACAUCCGUCGUCUACCUGCUCGAUAUCACAACUGCCUAUGUUCCCGCCUCGAUCCUUUGCGCCAAAUUUUCCCAGAUCCUCGAAAGCCUUGCCCCCGCACUGUCUCUGCCUGAGGUCGAAGCCCCUCUACUGCGUCCAUCCAUCGGUUGCCUUGAGUCUCUGCUCAUUGCUCAGGAUGCCUCUUCAUGGAACCUCCCGCACACACAGGUCGGCCCGCGCCGUGCGAUGGCCGGUCUGCUGAGUCUUUCGGUCGACCACCGCCCUAAGGUGCGCAAGCGCGCCCAAGAGGCUCUCGUCAAGGUCCUCAAGGCCCCUCCCCCAAGCCCGUCUCUGGACCACCCUGGUGCCGAUAUGUGUGCCCAGUCUGCAAUGAAGACUCUCGGUGACAGCAUCGCGGCUGCGCACAAGCAGAAGAAGGGUCGUCAUGAUUCCCAGGCUAACAACCAGGAGCCAUUGAUUAUCCACUCAUUGCAGCUGAUCAAGACCAUCGCUUCGGCAUCUGGUGGCUGGCCCAGCAAGAAGAUUGAGCCUCUCAGCGAGCUCCUGAUGAACGCAUCUAAGUCGAGCAACGAAUACAUCACUAUGGGUGCUUUCGAAGUGUUUGAGGUUAUUUUCGAAGGAAUGGCAGACGAGUUCUCCUCUUCCAAGCUGCCCCGUCUUUUGGACGCAAUCUCCGAGCUCAAGCCCGCGCAGAACGACUCUCAGCUUCUGCCUCCUUGGAUCGCGGUUCUGUCUCGUGGCUACGACGUGGCUGCGCAGAUCACACCCGAAGAUACCUUCGAGAAGCUGCCGGAUCUCUUCGCCCUCAUCUCUGGAUUCAUGGCUUCGCCUUCCAGCAACAUCCGCGUUUCCGCCUCCGAGUGUCUGAUUUCCUUCCUGCACAACUGUAUUCCCAACAGCGUUAUCGUUGAGCCUUCCGUCUAUGACGAGAAGACCCUGGAGAAGUUGGCCAAGGCAGCCGUUGAGCUUCUCUCUGUCAAGUACCAGGCUGCUUGGAGAGAGGUUUUCAACGUGUGCUCGGCUCUUUUCGAUUGCUUCAAGUGGCGCUCAAGCCCUUACCUUGUCAAAAUUGUUAGCACAGUUGGUGAACUUCGUAGCAACAGUGGAUUUGCGGGUAAGAAGGAAGCCGAUGCUGUCCUUGGCAGCGCCAUCGAGGCAAUGGGCCCCGAGGCUGUUUUGGAAAUCCUUCCCCUUAACAUCGUGAACCAGAAGUCUGGUCAACAGGGUCGCGUUUGGAUGCUUCCCAUCAUGCGCGACAGCGUGACUAACACCAACCUGAGCCACUUCCGGUCCGAGCUUGUUCCUCUCAGUGAGGCUCUCUACCAGAAGGUUGUGAACUUCGGUGCUGCCGAGAAGUCCGUGGAAGUCAAGAUCUUCGAGACUCUCGUUCAACAGACUUGGGGCACUCUUCCUGGAUACUGCGAGUUACCGCUUGACCUGGCGGAGGCAUUCGACCAGGGCUUCGCCGAGCUGCUGUCCAAUGUUCUUUACAAGCAGACUGAACUCCGUGUCGAUGUCUGCCGUGCUCUGCAGAACCUGGUUGAGUCUAACCAGGCUAUUUUGUCCGUUGAGAGCGAAGAGGAUGACCUCAUUUUGCAACGGCGCAUCACCAAGGCUGCUGCCCAGAAGAACCUCACUCACCUCAGCGGUCUUGCGAGCAACUUGCUGGCUGUUCUCUUCAACGUCUACAGCCAGACCCUUCCUCACUACCGCGGCUACAUUUUGCAGUGCAUCAACGCAUACUUGAGCAUCACUCCCGAGAACGAGCUCAAUGAUACCUUCAACCGUGUUACCUCCAUGCUCGAGUCCUCUUUGGCCACCGAGCAAGAGACCGCAGCCAAGCAGGGUGCUCAACCCCAGGGCUCAUCCGACAAGAUGCCUCCCACCUCCCACACAUUGAUUGACCUCGUUAUCGCCAUGUCAAUCUACCUCCCCCGAUCUAGCUUCAGUGGCCUGUUCAACAUGGCGGCAGCUAUUCUCAACAGCUCUUCCCCCAACCCGGAUCAGCAACUCAUCAAGAAGGCCUACAAGCUGAUUCCCCGUCUUGGAUCAACUGAGACUGGCCGCGCUGCCCUCCAAGAGCGUAGCAGUGAGUUGCAAGCUCUCAUGCUCGCCACCACAGACAGCACCCCUGCCUCUGGCCGUCGUGACCGCAUGCUCGCCAUCACCGAAAUGAUCAACCACCUGCCCACCUCAGACCUGCACUUCAUCCCGGCCAUCCUGUCCGAAGUCGUGCUGGGCUGCAAGGAGAGCAACGAGAAGGCCCGCACAGCAGCCUUCGACCUCCUGAUCCUCUUGGCCAAGCGCACAAUCGACUCCGAGCGUAACCCGCCCGGCACCGUCAUUCGCCGAUCCCUCGUUCCUGGCGUGCCGGACGACAUGCCCGAUGCCCCCGCUACCCUGGAGGAGUUCUUCACCAUGCUCUCGGCCGGUCUUGCGGGCUCGGCACCUCACAUGGUUGCCGCCUCCGUCACGGCCCUGUCUCGACUGUUCUUUGACUUCCAGACACAGCUGCAGCCCGAGAUGCUCACUGAGCUUGUCGAGACCGUCGAGCUGUUCCUCACCUCCAGCAACCGCGAGAUCGUCCGCUCCGUCCUUGGCUUCGUCAAGGUUGCCGUUGUCGUUCUUCCCGAUGAUGCAUUGCGUCCCCGUCUCGCCACCCUCGUUCCUAACCUCAUGGCCUGGAACAAGGAGCACAAGGGCCGUCUCCGCAGCAAGGUCAAGGGCAUCAUUGACCGUCUCGUUCGUCGCUUCGGUGCUCCCCUCCUGGAAGCCAUUGUCGGCGAAGAGGACCGCAAGCUCGUGGUCAACAUCCGCAAAGCCCGUGAGCGCAGCAAGCGUAAGAAGAAGGAAGGUGCCGAGGAUGAAGACGAAGAAGGCGAGGAGAAGGCCUCCAAGCCUCAAUCCGGUAAUGCCUUCGACAAGGCCGUCUAUGGCUCCGACUCCGACUCCUCGGAUGGCUCUGAUGACGGCGACAGCGAUGUCGAAGUCGACCAGCAGGCCCGUAUCAAGGGUCGUGCCGGAAAGAAGGGCCAAAGCACCCAGUACAUUCGCGAGAUGUCUCCUGAAGAUAACCCGCUGGAUCUGCUUGGAUCGAAUGCUCUUGCCAGCAUCUCCACCACGAAGCCUAGCCAGCGAUUCCUCAACACAGGUCCUGGAUCCAAGAAGAAGCGCAAUGCCAAGUUCGAUGCUGAUGGCCGUCUUAUCCUCGGCGAUGAUGGAGAUGUCGUUGCCGAUGAUACGGAGAUGAGUGGUGCCGGCGAUGGCGGUGUCAAUGCUUACCUUGCUGCCGUUGCUGGACCCGAUGCUGUUCGUCGUGGUCAACGCGGUAAGGUCAAGAUGGGCCAGUCCAAGAAGAACGACGAUAGCAUGGAUGUCGAUGACGACGAUCUGAAGCAAGACCUGCGGGCUGCCGGUGGUGGCCAAGGCCCUGCUCGUCGUGGUCUCGGUGCCCCCAAGACUGCGGGUGCUUCUGGUGGUGGACGAAUUGAGAAGCGUCGCAAUCCCGCUAAGGCGCCCAGAGGUAACAACCGCUCGGGCUGGGGUAAGAAGAGGUAA